GUUUACCAUUUCCGGUUUGUCCCACUAUAUUCUGUGGUUUUUAAUAAUUUCAAUUUAACCUCUACAUUUUCGCUUCCAGAUGUCACGUCAGAGUGUUCGUGCGGGAGAUCCUCGCAAAGUAAAUGGGGAGUUGUUUACUUUGACAUACGGUGCUCUUGUUGCUCAGCUGAUGAAAGAUUAUGAAAACGAUGAAGAAGUAAACAAGCAGUUAGAAAAAAUGGGUUACAACAUAGGAGUGAGGUUAAUAGAAGAUUUCUUAGCCAGAGCGAAUGUGUCCAGAUGUAAUGAUUUCAAGGAAACUGCUGAUAUUGUUGCCAAGGUUGCAUUCAAGAUGUACCUGGGCAUCACUCCUGUGGUUAGUAACUGGAGUCCAUCGGCUGAUGAGUUUUCGCUCCUUAUCGAGAACAACCCACUGUCGGACUUCGUUGAGCUGCCUGAAGGCCACAAUGCCUUGAACUACUCCAAUAUUCUGUGUGGGGUUCUCAAGGGAUCACUAGAAAUGGUUCAGAUGGAUGUUGAUGUGCGGUUUGUUCAAGAUCAGCUAAAGGGAGAUAAUAUAACAGAACUGAGAGUAAAGUUCAUUAAGAGACUGGAAGAUGCUGUGCCGGCUGGUGAAGAUUAGAAACUCUUUGAUCAUUCCUUCUGCUCCAGCUCUUCUUGUUAUAAAGAUAUUUAAGAUAUGUACAUACGUAGAAUAUGUUUGGAACAUAGCUAAUAGGUCCAGUCUGAACAGACUUGCAUGUAUUGAUUAGACUUUAAUGACCAGGAUAAGGAAAAGUAAUUUUCAAGCAUCCUGAAUUUGUCUCACUUCAGAUGUAAGUUUUAUUCAGAUGGGGAUUUCUAAAAUGUUUCCAUAAAUAUGUGUGACAUAUCCAAAAACUCUGGCUAGGGAAUGGAUUGUAUUUGUGUGUAGAUUGUCAAAAAUGAUAGAUUCUUGGAACUACAUUUGGCCAAAUUAAUUAUGGUUCUUCCACAAUAACAGAAUGUAACCUGUUUAAAAUAAAUAUAACUAAUUUUAAUUUCAUUAGCACUGAAAUUGUGUAUUUUUAUUUAUUUUGAAAACCUAUUUAUGAUGCUGGUAUUCCUAAAUAACUUUUAUCUCCUUCAAAAAGAUUGCCUUAUUGUCCAGCCUUAAUAAUGGUAUAGCUACCACAGUAGAAUCUGGUAAGGACUAUUGUUAAGAGCUAUUUUUGAAUACCCUGAACCCACAAAAUCAAGACAUUCUUUAUUUGUAUUAAUUCAAUUUUAGCAGAUCACUGUGACCAGGUACAUAAAAUUAUUCUGUUAUCUGAUCAGUUUUAAAAGUGGUGUGUAUUCCAUGAGCAGGUACAGUGUGAGUGGAUAGAUGAUGAACUUAUAUGUCUCUACCAGGGUACAACUUCACAAAGCAUCAUAAAUCUACGUCUGCGAAUAGCAGUUAUACCAGGCAUACAUUUACAAGUGUUUGACAUCUAUUUCACGAAGAAAAUUACAUCAUUACGGAAAAUGGAGCAUUUUAAGGACAGAAAAAAAAAGAAAUACAUGUGUAUGUGUAUUUUUAACUAUAUUUGUUGUACUAUAAUAGUAAUAAGAAUUGUGAUAUGUUUAUGUGCAAAACUAGGCUUACAAUGUUUUGUGAAAUUGGGUCUAGAAUUGUAGACAUGUCUGUCAAAUAAACAACAUAUUCAUCACAAAACCUGUUUAAUGGGUACGUUGAUUUUAAAAAACAAAGUUUAUAUUUUCUUGGCUUUUUUUUCAUUAGUAUCAAUCAUGAAAAGCUACAGGUACAAAGUAAAUAAAGGCCAAAUUGUUUAAAACUCCUGGAAAGCGUCAUUGACUUUAAGACUUUCUGUUUUAGAUUAAUCAAUUUCUCCAGUUGUUUACAGUUCCAAAUGUUGUACAGGGAACAUUUUGUUCAGUAUCCCGUCGCAAUUCGCUACGCAAGUUUCAGAGAUCGAAACACAUUUUUAAACAUAUUGUAGUUGCUAAAAAUUGUCAGUUGACUAGAAAUAUCGCUAUGAAGAUUUUGAAAAGAAAAUGUUACUUGUUGUAUAUUUCUAGUACUAGUAGAAUACCUUCCUUGUUAUGGUUACCACAGAGGUCCUCACAGCUAAAGUCUGUGUAUAUUCCAUUGACAUACAUUUGUGUAGGCAUCCAAAGUAGGGGAGCAUGGGGGCAGUGGCCCACAACUAUGAAUGUUAUACACACACCUCAAUGGAAAAGUAAAUUUAUAUGUCUAACCACAAAUACACGCGCAGACAUAUGUGCGCAGACAUGUAUGCACACACACACACGCACACACACACAUGUGCAUGUACUCGCACACGCGCGCACACACACACACGUGCAUGUACUCGCGCACACACACGCAUGUACUCACACACACACACAUGUGCAUGUACUCACUCACACACGCACAUGUGCAUGUACUCGCACACGCACAUGUGCAUGUACUCGCACACGCACACAUGUGCAUGUACUCACACACGCACACGUGCAUGUACUCACACACACACACGUGCAUGUACUCACACACACACACAUGCAUGUACUCACACACACACACAUGUGCAUGUACUCGCACACACACACACACACAUGUACACACGCACACACAUGUACACACACACAGCCUGACUGACAACUUUGAUUAUGCUCACCUUUCAUAAACACUUUGGAUCAUAACUUGUACAUUGCUUUGUGAACGUUUUACAAACAAGCUUUCACAAAUAUCUGUUGUACACAGUUAUGGUUUAGAACUCUAUAUAUCGUUUUAUUCUGAUUAUCACCGCUGUACAUUCCACAGAUCGGUUGUCAUCAUAUUAUGUGCAAUAUAACAAUCAUUGUUUUUGUAUUAUUUUGUAAAUAAAUGUGUUUACUAA